GUAGUAGCGAUGACCAUCAGAGAUCAAGAAAAUGUUUCUUCAUUGACCUCUAUUGACCGAUUCGGAAACCGUAAAGACUCUAAGAAACUUCCUUUCAUUGUUUAUGUAAUUUUAAGUCGAGGAUAUUUCUUUGACUGGCUUGAACCACUAGAAGCGAAGGUGAAGCAAAACAAUCAUAAAAUACAAACGCCACUCGUAAAACUUGAUACCCCCGGAAAGGCAACCGUUCAAGUUGUUAUCCUCGCAGAUCCGAACGAUCACGAGAUUUGUUUUGUUGGUGAAGAGGCGUUCAGUGAGCUGUCGAAGAUGGACGCAAAAGCCGAUGAAAUGCUGAGAGAUGCGAUGAGUAAAGACGAUAGUGGUGAAUGGUAUAAGCAGGGUAAACCACAAGCCAAGUAUGUUUCUUUUGAAACAUCAGCAGCAGCAGCAGCACAAAUUUUCACGAAACCAAAAUAA